GCGUAAUUCAAUGGCAUCAGUGAAUGAGUCUCCAUUAAUUAAACUGGCGAGCGUUCGACCUGAUGAAACUGCUCCUGAAGAAAGAUCUUUAACAACUUUGAAAGACGAGAAAGGAGAGGUUUCUCCUAAAAUUUGGGUUCCUUUAUCUUUAGUAGUUGCUGUACUUUAUGCUGUUGCUAAUAUUUCUGUUAGUUACAUUGCACAGUAUAGGCAAAAAGCAAUUGCUCUUCAAGCAGUUGGAAGCCUUAUUGGUAAUCUUAUCCCACUUAUUGCGAUAUCUAUAUAUUCAAAGAAACGAGAAAAAGAUCAACACCAACAGACUGGGGGUUACCUUAAAUGGUUAUACGAUGUCUUCUUGUUCAGAAAGAUUGAUGGAGAUGGAAACUAUGUUCCCAACCAGUGGACAACUCAGAUUCAAUGGAAAAGAGUUGUAGUCUCUGCUUGUCUUCUUUUGUUUGGGUUUAUUUCUUAUCUAAUAUUUAUCUUAAGCUACAGUUUUGCAGGUAUUGCUCAUUUGAAUACAGGAGUGCUGAUGUCUAUUUAUUCUGUAAAGCCUGUGGUAUCUUCAAUCAUAUUCUUUUUGGUAUUCAAACAGGCUUUGAAAUCGUAUGAAUUUAUUGCAAUGGUGUUCUGUAUUGCUGGAGCCUUGAUAAUUGGAUUAUCAAGUGAUGAUCAAAUUGUAGAUCGUACAGGAGAAACCGCCAAAACUUAUUGCAUACUUGCGUGUUCAACUUUGUGUAUUUCCUUGGUGCUAACAUGAGUGAGGGCAGCCAUUUUGAAAUACUUCUUCGGGACUGCCAAAGAAGUUAACAUCUCUGCCUUUUUCAACUUUAUCGGAGUGUUUAGUGACAUCGUGUUCCUAAUUUAUUUCAUAAUUUUAGAAGUAGAAGGGUUUGAUUUCACUCUUCAUGAAUACAUUGCUGCAACUGCUGGUGGGAUCAUCUUCAGCGUGUCUAGAUACUUGAUAGCUUAUGUAAAUGUAAGAGGCAAGGCAGGUGUAGCCGAUGCUCUUAUUGAGACAUCUGUGAUCUACCAGACUGUACUUGAGAUUGCUCUAUUCUCAAGGUUCCCGAACACUUUUCAAUAUAUUGGCCUCAUUUUGGGAUUCGGAGCAACUCUGUUUUUGAUAUUUUGCAAUCAUGUAAAGAUGAGUUAA